AUGCUGUCUGUUUUACUAACUAUUUUCGAUAGACUGCUUGUGCCUCUCAAAGGGAUUACGGAAAGGAAGACAGGAUGGCUAGGUGGGCGCUUUCUCAGAGAACUCUACAAGGGUUGCAAUCAACAGAGUUCAAGAAAAAUAGGAGAAGGAUCUUUUGUAAAUGCUGAACAGGCAUGGCGUCGUGCUGAAAUUGCCAGGCAAACUAAUAAAGCAGUUAACAUGCAGCAUGAUAUGAUUCUGUUGCACAAUCUCUGUGCCAUAGUUAAGCAGAUCUUAGGCAAUAAAAGCCACGUAAUGUAG